AUGGAUGCCCGACUUGAUGGCCAUUUCGACUUGGACAAACCAAGCCAAAGUGGCGAUCCUUUUCAGAUUAUAUGGCCUGAAAAGCUGCCACAAUGCCACGGCGUGUGCGAACGCACCGAGGAUUCAUUUGGGGGCGGCCGCCGCAUUAUACUGUCUGAUGAAGUUCAACAGGAUGCUGAGCGUGGGUGUCCCAAAUGUAUGAUCAUAUUCCACAGUUGUCGAGAUCUUGAAACGACAGGUGCGAAACUUGAGGUCGACUGCCAUGCCGAUAAGCCUGGUAUGGUUCGGCUUUCUCUGACUUGGCCAGAGAAGCCCACUUCCUACCACACGGUGCAGGUCUACGUUGAGCUUGGCACGCCAGAACCAUCUUGGAAAUACAUCAAACCGAGGCGCAUCCUUACGACGAAACGACGUGUCGAGUAUAAGCCACUACUCCAUUCCUGGAUAGAGAAAUGCAAUGAAUCACAUACAGACUGCAUAAAAACCAACCCGGAACUGCCGCAUAUCGUCCUCGACGUGGGUAGCCAAGACAAACCUCGUCUUUUCCUCCACGUCUCUUUCAAGCAAGUUGGACAAUACACCGCUCUCAGUUAUUGUUGGGGAAGGUCGAACCCGCCAAAGACGACGACAUUGAAUAUUGAACAACACAAGCGGUAUAUCAAUUUUGACGAGCUUCCAAAAUGUUUCCAGGAUGCCAUUACCGUUACUCGCGAUCUCGGCAUCCGAUAUCUUUGGAUCGAUUCUUUGUGCAUCCAGCAAGAUGAUACUCAGGAAUGGCAAAAAGAGUCAUCCAAAAUGGCGGACUAUUACAACCAUGCUUAUUUGGUGAUUGCCGCGUCCCAGGCCGGAGAUCCGAGCCAAGGUUUUCUCGAUUCUCUACAAGACAGUUCUAAUACUACAAAGUAUUCAGGGAUCCAUAUUGGAGAUAUCAUCAACCCAGAUUCCAGCAUCUCUCGUAUUUAUCGAGAAAAGCUUAGCCUAGACUACUGGUGGGAACGACAUGCAGACCCCCUUGAUCAUUCGCCGCUGAACAGACGGGCUUGGGUGUUCCAAGAAUACUUACUUGCUAAGCGAAUCGUCCAUUUCACCGCAAACGAACUUCUCUGGGAAUGCGUUGAAGACCUCGAAUGUGAGUGCUUAGAGACGAAGAAUUCUGCUUGGGACGGGAUUGGCACCGUAGGUAUAAUGCGGAAGAACCGGUUCCUAAGUAUUGGUCAGCUUUACAAAGAUUCUACUCGACUACAGCAUUGGUUGGGCGUUUUGAGCCAGUACUCCACUUUGUCCAUAACAAAAGGUUCCGACGUCUUGCCAGCACUGUCUGGGCUAGCUAAAUUUUGGCGAUCACCCGAGACCGGCGAGUACCUAGCUGGAUUUUGGGAGAAGAACAUUAUCGAGAGCAUCGGAUGGAUCCGGUCGGACGAUCAAGAUGGUCCGAAAAGAGCUUUGCAACGUUCUAAGGAGAAGCACCGACCGCCUUCCUGGUCUCCAUUCUCGAUACAAGAAGCAGACCGGUACCACAACCCUAGACUGCUUAUUCCCGUCUGGAUUUCAUCGGCUGUGCGCAAGAAAUACGUUGUGGUAUACGAAGCAGUGGUGACCACAGCGGGAGAAGACGAAACCGGAGAAGUUGAAAGUGGGUACCUUAAGCUUAAAGGUCCCGUGACACGAGUCGAUAUCGGGCCCCAGGAGGAGCACGUAAUGGAGAGUAAGAUUGAGCUUGGAGGAAUGAGUGUCAAAGUGCAAUGGGACAUCGAAAUGGACCUUUCCCGAGGAUUGCAUAUUGCACUUCUUCUUAUAUAUGAUGAGCCGGCUCGUCUCCGAGCACUUGUUCUGAAAGCUUGUGGGUGUGUUUACGAACGAGUUGGCAUCUUGUUUGUAAACUGGGGUAUUGGUUAUAAUGGAAAGGACUUUAAGUCGAUCUCUAAACUUUUACAGGCAGGCACCAAAGAAGUAAUCACAAUCAUCUGA